ACUUGACAACGUCCAGUGUGUGUGCAAGCAGUCACCAGCAGUCCCACAAUUUCGCCGUUCACACAACAACGAUGAAAGUGACCGUCCUCGCUGCGGCCGUUGCCUCCUCGUGCGCGUUGAGACAAGACCAAGGGCAUCACACUGACCCGGCCAAUUUACCGCAGUGCCAACGUCCUGUCCCCAAGUCAUGCGCGUUUUACUCGCAAUGCAUUGAGGUGGCUCAUCCUUGUGGUCCGCGAGGAUACGCAAUCGACUUUGGAGAAAAAUACUGCGUGAAAUUCAACGAAAAGAAGGACUGGUUCUCCGAGGACGGGCGACGGUGGCUCGACGGUACAAUGACCUGUCUGCAACAGAAACUCGUGCCAAUGUUGCGGUCGCCCAACGUCACGUGCGAAGCGAUUCGCACGUUUGCCUUCAAUUCGCAUCCUGCGUGCUACACAAAUGACAACGACAACAACUUUAGCGUGUGCGACCUACCAAUUGGUGACUGGAUGUCUCUCGUUCGCGUCAUUGGACUCCAAACACUCAUUCAACUCGACACGAUGAUGAAUGGUGUCACCACGGGCAUUGCCUGUCUCAAAGCGUUUUCUCACUGGGCUCGCCAACUUGACGCCUUCGAAAACUUCACGACCAGAGAAUGAAAUAGGAUGCCUGAACCUCAGAACUAUGCAGCUCCAGAAAACGCGGAGCGGACGCAGAGUCCAUUAUUCCUUGUCGUUUUCACUGCUAACUGUAUUCACUCAAAAUUGGGAGGUAUGCCAUAUUUGGAC